AUGUUUAACGUAUGUUCUAUAGUUGCAGAUUUACAAAUACUUAAUUUGGAUGAUACAAUCAGUCCUGAUAAUGAAAUGCCAAAAAAUUAUUAUGGCGCAGGUUUUAUAAACACCGAUGGAACACAAAAAUUGUGCUCUUCCAAUGUUGAUUGCUACAGUAUGCGAGAGCCAGUUCAUUGGUGUCGUUUGGUCGAAAAUCAGCAAUGGACUGACAAAGGAUGUUACUGUGAUCCGAUUCUCAAGGCAUGUAUCAUUGAACGGAUGACUAAACUCGGUCCGAUGAGCAAAAUUCGUAAUUAUGCAUACUGUACACCAAAGACAUCUUGGGAAUGUCCACCUUUUCAAAUUAUAUAA